AAAGGUGGUGUUCCUGUGGCAAGCAAGCCGUCCCAGACCGGAAGUUGGUUCCAGGUUUUGUUGGCUGAGCAACAAGAUGAUGCUGUUCCGAUUCGUCGACAGUACAAGCAGUUGUUGGAGUACGACAUGGAGUCGCCAGUGGCCCUGGCCACAGCUGCACAGUCCCCAGAGACGAAAGAAAAGUACAGCGGAGAGUUGGACGAUGCCGGGAAACCAGUGAUCAUCAGCCACAACUACAAAGAGCACCAUUUGAGUGCCAAAGACCGACAGCGGAUAUUCGAGGCUCCGUACAACUUCCUCAGUGCGAAUGACAAGUUCGCCUACUAUCAAAUCGCGUCGCCGUUUCGUCGCCGCGACUUCCGGCUCCCCAAGGACCCGCUCAUUCUCGCCAAGAAUGCUUGACUCGAUUUGACUGCGUGUUUGUGCCAUUUAUUUUUUUUUUUUGCUGCCUGGGA